AAUGGUGAAAGGAGAGAAGAAUAUCUUAUUAUCUAUUCUUGAACCUUUUCUUUUUCCAGGGUAUGAAUCUCCUAUAACUAAACAAUUCACGGUUCACCUAAAAAAGACAUAAAGUCUACAACCUUUCGUUCAACUUUGAGCUUUUUAAAUGGCUUCUGCUUGGGCGCAAAAACACUCUUCUUCUUCCUCCCAUAUCCCACCGCAAUGCAGAUAUGAUGUCUUCUUGAGUUUCAGUGGCAUCGAUACCCGCAACAACUUUACCAGCCAUCUUCUUGCCGCUUUAGAGCGACACGGCUUUCAUACAUUCAGAGACAACACAAACCUCAAUAGAGGAGAGGAUAUUGGUUAUGAGCUCCUGAAAGCAAUUGAGGACUCAAGAAUUUCACUUGUCGUUCUCUCGAGAAAUUAUGCCGCUUCAGGGUGGUGCCUUGACGAACUUGUGAAGAUCAUGGAGUGUUGGAAGACCUUGCAACACAUUGUUUUUCCUAUCUUCCAUGGUGUUGGGCCAACAGAUGUGCGAGCGCAAAAGGGGAGUCUUGCAAAAGCAUUCGCCAAACAUGCAGAGCGUUUUAAAGAUCAGAGUCCGGGUAGCAAGGUGGAGAAGUGGAAGGAAGCGCUUACUCAGAUUGCCAACUUAUCAGGCUGGGACUUGCCAAAGUUGGACAACGGGGAUGAAGCAAAGUUAAUUCAGAAAAUCGUUGAAGAGGUCGGAAAUAGAUUAGACAUUGGACAUCUAAAUGUUGCAGACCACCAAGUUGGAAUGGAGUCUCGUCUGCAAGAACUCAAUGUUCUUUUGCGGAUGGAAUCUAGUAAUGUUCGCAUUGUUGGAAUAUGGGGGAUUGGUGGAAUUGGUAAGACUACAAUUGCUAUGAAACAGUUUAAUGUCAUCCGACAUAUGUUUGAAGGUAGCAGUUUUCUUGCAAAUGUUGCAGAAACUUCAAAGCAACCAAAUGGUUUGGUUUGUUUACAAGAGCAACUUCUUCUAGAUAUAUGUAGCAACGGAACCCAUAAUAUAAGAAAUUCCUAUCAAGGAAUCGAGGUUAUAAAACAAAGAGCUUUCUGUCGAAAGGUUCUUCUUGUUCUUGAUGAUGUCGAUAAUGUCCAGCAAUUGAAAGCAUUAGCAAUAGAUCAAGAUUCCUUCAGGUCUGGAACUGGUAGUAGGAUUAUCAUAACAACAAGAGAUGUGUCUUUGCUAAAUUUGCUUAAAGCGGAUGAGAUAUAUGCAGCAAAGGAGUUAAAUAGGAGUGAAUCUCUUCAACUCUUAAGUUGGCAUGCCUUUAAGGAAGACCAUUCCGAAGGCAACUAUUUGGACCUUUCGAAUCAAGUCGUGGCCUAUGCUGGAGGGCUUCCAUUAGCUCUUGAAGUUUUGGGCUCCUUUCUGUAUGGCAAGAGCAUACAUGAAUGGAAAAGUGCAAUAUCAAAAUUGAAAAAAAUCCCUCCUGUAGAUGUUCAAGCAAAACUUAAGAUAAGUUUUGAUUCUCUAAGUGAUGAAGUGAAGGAGUUGUUCCUAGAUAUGGCAUGUUUUUUUGCUGGAACAUAUGGUGUUUCUACGAUCAAAAUACUUGAAGGCUGUAAUUUUUUCGCUGCGAUUGGGAUUCGGGUUCUGGCCGAUCGGUGUCUCAUAAAAUACGGGCCCUGUAAUGAGCUUUUGAUGCAUGAUUUGAUUGGGGGCAUGGGCAGAGAAAUUGUCAGACAAGAAUCUGUUAAGGAUCCAGGGAGGCGUAGCAGAUUGUGGUAUAAAGGGGAUGCCCUUGAAGUGUUGAGAGAUGGAACGGGAACUGAAGCUGUUGAAGGUCUCUUCCUAAACUUUGCUGAGCCGAAUGACAUCCAAGUGAAUCCAAGGGCCUUUGAAAAGAUGAACAGACUAUGGCUACUUCAUCUCAAUUACGUUAACCUGAGCAUAGGUUAUGAACAUAUCUCCAAAAGGUUACUAUGGCUAUGCUGGAAUGGAUUCCCGUUGAAAUGUCUCCCAUCAAAAUUGUAUAUGGAGAAUUUGGUUACUCUUGACUUGAGUCAUAGUCGCCUAAAACAAGUAUGGAAGGGAACCAAGGUAACAACAUUCUUCUUCUCUCUCAUCUUCUGUAAACUGAAAUUCCUUUACCUCAGUCAUUGCUGUUACCUAACCAGAACCCCUGACUUCUCUGGACUCAACAAUCUUCAGGAACUGUUGCUUAAUGAUUGCAUAAGGUUGGUAGAGGUUGACGAUUCUAUUAGAUUUCUCAAAAAACUUGUUGUUCUAGAUAUGAAGAACUGUAAAAAACUUCAGAAGCUUCCCUCAAGCAUUUGGAUGUUGAAAACUCUUGAAAAUCUUGAUCUCUCUGGCUGCUCCAUGCUUGGAAAAUAUUCUGGAAUCAAGCUAUCUAAAUCACUGUCCCCAUUCCUCUCAUCUUGGAAUUUCAUAACAAAGAGAGUGGAUUCUAUUGGUUUGUCACUUUCCCCUGUACUUGGCUUAAGUUGCUUAAAAGAAUUGAGCAUGGAAAACUGCAAUCUAUCAUGUCUACCAAAUGAAGUCGGGAAUUUGAUCUCAUUGGAGACUUUGGAUCUUGGCAGAAAUAAUUUGUGUACCUUACCGGAUAGUAUCUGUAACCUUACUCACUUGAAGAAGUUGUAUAUGUCACACUGUGAUGUGUCGCAUCUGCCCAGUGAAAUCGGGAGGCUGGCCACCUUAGAGGCUUUGAUUCUUGAAGGAAACAGUUUAGUUAACUUACCGGAUAGCAUCUGCAACCUUACUCGCUUAAAGAAUUUGAAUUUGUCACUCUGUGACGUGUCGCAUCUGCCCAGCGAAAUUGGGCGGUUGAUCUCAUUGCAAAAGUUGAAUCUUGGAGGAAACAAUUUACUUACCUUGCCGGAUAGUAUCUGUAACCUUGCUUGCUUGGAAGUGUUGUCUUUGCCACACUGUAAUGUGUCACAUCUGCCCGAUGGAAUUGGAAUGUUGAGCUCGUUAAAGUGGUUUGAUCUUAGAAGUAACAAUGUUAGUAUCCUACCAAAUAGUUUCAGUGACCUUGCUAGCUUGGAAAUACUCUACUUGAGUAAUUGUAGAAGGCUCCAAUCACUUCCAAAGCUUCCAGCAAGUUUGUACCAUGUGGAUGCAAUCAACUGCACAUUACUACUAGAAAGAAUACCUACCGAAUUCAACUUGCCACCUGGGUUGUUGUUCACACCUCUUCGCGUGUGGUCAAUCCAGAGCAUGAUUGGUGUGUAUCUUCCUGGGGAUGAGGUUCCCAAUUGGUUCCAGUACCAGUAUACAGGGUCAAAAUUAUCUCUUGUGGUACCACCUCUGGUAACUCGGAGAAUAAUUGGCUGGAAUUUAUGCAUAGUUUUCAGGACUCACAAAAAACCUGGUCAAAGGUCUUGUAUGUAUAUUUUCAGUAAGAAAACUGAAGGCUUGCGAAAUGAAAACAAGUACAAAACUGGGGUAACGUACCAAGAUGAAGAUCAGAUCAUCCUCAUCUAUUUCCCAUCAGUUGUCACAGGAAUCCAUUUGUUUGGCGGGGAUGAAUUGGAGAUUGAGAUAAGUCCAGAUGACCAGGAGAAGGCAGUGCCGUGGUUGACGGUGAAGAAGUGUGGGAUUCAAUUCGUUCAUGAGGACGAUGUAGACAUUUCAGGGAUGCGUAAUCUGUCGAAGUUUCUGAAUUCAAAGAAAAGAUUUGUGGAAGGCUCAAGUAUUAGUGUUGUUCCUUUGUUAAUUGAGGAAAUUUACGAAAAUUGUGCACAGAUGAAAGUGAAAAGAUUUUCUCGUGUUGAGGCGGUGGCGAUGGCGUUUGAUGGUGGCAAUUGGCCGAGACUCAAGCCACCUUGGUGGAUGGAGAUUGCUUGGGCAAACAAAGCCUCUUCCUCUUCCUCCUCCAUCUCAGCACAAUUCAAAUAUGACGUCUUCUUGAGUUUCAGUGGCGUCGAUACCCGCAACAAUUUUACCAGUCAUCUUUUAGCCGCUUUAGAGCGACAUGGCUUUCAUUCAUUCAGAGAUGACACAAAGCUCAACCGAGGAGAAUAUAUUGGUUAUGAACUUCUGAGAGCAAUUGAGGAGUCAAGAAUUUCGCUGGUCAUUCUCUCAAAAAAUUAUGCCUCAUCCCGGUGGUGCCUUGAUGAACUUGUGAAGAUCAUGGAGUGCAGGAAGACCUUGCAACAGAUUGUUCUGCCUAUCUUUUACAACGUUGAGCCAUCCGACGUGAGGGCGCAGAAGGGGAGUUUGGCAGAAGCAUUUGCCAAGCACGAAGAGCGUCUUAAAGAGGGUUCAGGCGGCAGGGUGGAGAAGUGGAGGGAAGCCCUCACUGAGGUUGCCAAUUUGUCCGGUUGGGAUUUGCCAAAGGUGGCCAAUGGAGAUGAAGCGAAGUUAAUUCAGAAAAUUGUUGAAGAAGUCAGAAAUAAAUUAGAUGUUGCACAUCCAGAUGUUGUGAACCACCAAGUUGGACUGGAGUCUCGUUUGCAAAAGCUCAAUGUUAUAUUGAGCAUUGAAUCAAGUGAUGUUCGCAUUGUAGGAAUAUGGGGGAUUUGCGGUAUUGGUAAGACUACAAUAGCUAAAAGCCUAUACAGUCGCAUCCAACGUAAGUUUGAACGUAGCAGCUUCCUUGCAAAUAUCAGAGAAACUUCGAAACAGCCGAAUGGUUUGGUUGUUCUACAAGAGAAACUUCUUUCUGAUAUAUUUGGUAGUGGAACUCAAAACAUAAAGAAUGUUGAUCAAGGAAUCAAGGUUAUAAAGCGGAGAGCUUUCUUUGGAAAGGUUCUUCUUGUUCUGGAUGAUGUGGAUGACGUCCAACAAUUGAAGGCACUAGCCAUAUGUAGAGAUUUAUUUGUUCCUGGAAGCAGAAUCAUCAUAACAACAAGAGAUAGGUCUUCGCUAAAUUUCCUCGAAUUGGAUGAGAAUGAGAUAUAUGUACCGGAGGAAUUGAACAAGGACGAAUCCCUUGAGCUCUUCAGCUGGCAUGCCUUUAAGGAAGACCAUCCCAGAGAAGACUAUGUGGAGCUUUCAGGCCAAUUUGUAAAUCAUGCUUGGGGGCUUCCUUUAGCUCUUGAAGUUUUGGGUUCUUUUUUAUUUCGCAAAAGCAUACCUGAAUGGAAAGAAGCAAUGCCGGAGUUAAAACAAAUCCUUCUUGCGGGUAUUUAUGGAAGGCUAAAUAUAAGUCUCGACACGCUAACUGAUGAAUUCGAGGAGUUAUUCUUCGAUAUGGCAUGUUUCUUUGCUGGAACCAAUCGAGAUUUUACAAUCAAAAUACUUGAAGGCCGUAACUUUUCCACUGCUAUUGGCAUUCAGGUUCUGGCUGAUCAGUGUUUAAUAAAAUAUGGGCCCAGGAAUGAACUUGUUAUGGAUGACAUGCUUAUAGACAUGGGCAGAGAAAUUCUCCGGCAACAAUCUGUUAAGGACCCAAGGAAACGUAGAAGAUUAUGGUAUCAUGAUGAUGCCCUUGAAGUUCUGAAAUAUGGCACGGGAGCUGAAGUGGUUGAAGGCCUCGUCUUAAACUUUCCUAAGCCAAGCAAUGUCCAAGUGAAUGCAAAGGCGUUUGAAAAGAUGAAUAGACUGUGGCUGCUUCAUCUCAAUCACGUUCAUCUAAGUAUAGGUUAUGAACAUAUCUCCAAAAGGCUAUUGUGGUUGUGUUGGAAUGGCUUUGCUUUGGAAUGUGUGCCGUCGAACUUCUAUAUGGAGAAUUUGGUUGCUCUUGACUUGAGUUAUAGCAGCCUACAACAAGUAUGGGACGAAACCAAGAUUUUGCCUAAAUUGAAGUUCCUUUAUCUCAGUCAUUGCUAUUACCUGACCGGAACCCCGGACUUCUCUCGACUCAACAAUCUUGAGGAACUGCUGCUUAAUGACUGUGUAAGGUUGGUAUAUGUUGACGAAUCUAUUAGAUUUCUCAACAAACUUCUUGUCCUAGAUAUGAAGAACUGUAAAAAACUUCGGAAGCUUCCCUCAAGCAUUUUGAAGUUGAAAUCUCUCGAAAGUCUUGAUCUCUCUGGCUGCUGUAUGCUUGAAAAUUUUUCUGGAUUUGAAAGAUUGCCAUCUAUGUCAUGGAUAACAAAGAGAAUGGAUUCAAUUGGUUUGCCCCUAGCCUCUAUACAGGGAUUAAGUUGCUUAAAGAAAUUGAGCAUGGGAACUUGCCAUCUAUCACAUUUACCAUGUGAAAUUGGGAGUUUGAUCUCAUUAGAGGUGUUGCAUCUUUAUGGAAACAGUUCACUUACCUUACCAAGUAGUAUCUGUAACCUUACUCGCUUGAAGUUAUUAGAUUUGACAGACUGUAAUUUUUCACAUCUACCUGGUGAUAUUGGGAGAUUGAUCUCAUUAGAGACUUUGAAUCUUGGAGGAAACUGUUUAAUUGUCUUACCAAGUAGUAUUUGUAACCUUAUUUGCUUGAAGUUUUUGGAUUUAAAAGACUGCACUUUGUCCCAUCUGCCCGGCGACAUUGGGGGGUUGAUCUCAUUAGAGACAUUGAAUCUUGGAGGAAACAAGUUAGUUGAGUUACCGAGUAGUAUAUGUGACCUUACUCGCUUGAAGACAUUGGAUUUGAAAGACUGCAAUGUGUCUUAUCUGCCUGGUGACAUUGGGAGGUUGAUGUCAUUAGAGACAUUGAAUCUUGGAGGAAACAGUUUACUUGCCUUACCGAGUAGUAUAUGUAACCUACCUUGCUUGAAGAUAGUGGAUCUAAAAUAUUGCAAUUUAUCUUAUCUGCCCGGCGACAUUGGUUCUGUGAUCUCAUUAGAGACUUUGAAUCUUGAAGGAAACAGGUUAGUUGAGUUACCGAGUAGUAUAUGUAACCUUACUCACUUGAAGUCGUUGGAUUUGAAAGAUUGCAAUGUGUCUUUUCUGCCUGGUGACAUUGGGGAGUUGAUCUCAUUAGAGACUUUGAAUCUUGGAGGAAAUGAUUUACUUGCCUUACCGAGUAGUAUAUGUAACCUUACUUGCUUGAAGUCAUUGGAUUUGAAAGACUGUAAAAUGUCCCAUCUGCCCGGCGACAUUGGGGGGUUAGUCUCAUUAGAGACUUUGAAUGUUCGAGGGAAUAGGUUAGUUGAGUUACCAAGUAGUAUAUGUGACCUUACUCGGUUGAAGUCAUUGGAUUUGAAAGACUGCAAUGUGUCCCAUCUGCCCGGCGACAUUGGGGGGUUGGUCUCAUUAGAGACGUUGAAUGUGGGAGGGAACAAUUUACUUGCCUUACCAAGUAGUGUAUGUAACCUUACUCGCUUGAAGUUAUUGGAUUUGGAAGACUGUAAUGUGUCCCAUUUGCCUGGCGACAUUGGGGGCUUGAUCUCAUUAGAGACUUUGAAUCUCGGAGGAAACGGUUUAGUUGCUUUACCAUAUAGUAUCUGUUACCUUAAUCGCUUGGAGAGAUUGUCUUUGAAAGGCUGCAAUGUGUCCCAUCUGCCUGAUGACAUUGGGAGGUUGAGCUCGUUAGAGCAUUUUGAUCUUAGUGGAAGUAAUAUUUGUACCCUACCGCUUAGUAUCAGAAACCUUGCUAGCUUGCAUUAUCUCUGCUUGAAUAAUUGUGAACGGCUCCAUUCACUUCCAGAACUUCCAGUUCGUUUAUGCACAUUGGAAGCAAGCUGCUGCACAUCAUUAGAAAGCAUACCUUCUGAUUGAAGUUUGGAACAUCCAUGUCCCUUUGGGGUUGCAACAAGUUAGCUGAGAACAAUUAUGCAAACAAAUUUAUUGGGAGACUCCUUCAGUCUAAGGGAUUGUCUAAGGUGCGGAAAUCUUUCGAUAUUAUUCUGCCUGGGGUUGAGGUUCCCAAUGGGUUCCAGUACCAAAAUGCAGGGUCACAUUUAACUUUUGUGGUGCCUUCUCUCAUAACUCGGAAAAAAUUGGGUUGGAUUUUAUGCGUA